AUGUCUCUCAAGAACGACAAGUUCCCCUCCUCGGCGGCUUUUGACGAGAUCAACAACGCCCUGAACGCGAGCGAGGCCGACCGCAAGGAUGCGAUGAAGCAGGGCAACGCCGUUUUUGCCUUUACCCUCAAGAACGCUGCAGGCGAGACUGAGAGCUGGCAUAUCGACCUCAAGAACAAGGGCGCCGUUGGCACCGGCGUUGGCGAGAAGCCGACUGUCACUCUCUCCCUCUCCGAGUCCGACUUUGGCUCCCUCGUUGCCGGCAAGGCCAACGCCCAGCGGCUAUUCAUGUCUGGCAAGCUCAAGAUCAAGGGUGACGUCAUGAAGGCCACCAAGCUCGACCCUAUUCUCAAGAAGGCUCAGACCAAGGCCAAGCUUUAA